GCUUUAUCUUCUCAAAAGACAGAAGGAAAUCGAAGAGUGGAAUCAAAGAGUGGUGAUGAAAAUUAUGAAGCUUUAAGUAAAUAUGCCGUCGAUUUAAUUGCUCUAGCAAAAGACGGUAAACUAGAUCCUGUAAUUGGUAGAGAUGAUGAAAUUCGCCGUGUCAUUCGUGUUCUUGCAAGGCGAACAAAACCAGGAGUUGGUAAAACUGCUAUAGUAGAAGGUCUAGCGCAACGAAUUGUACGGAAAGAUGUUCCACGAUCAUUAGAUGCCAAACUUUUCUCUUUGGAUAUGGGCGCUUUAUACCGUGGUGAAUUUGAAGAACGUUUAAAAGCAGUUUUGAAAGAAGUAAAAGAAUCAGAAGAAGGCAUCAUCCUCUUUAUUGAUGAAAUUCAUUUAGUAUUAGGUGCUGGUAAAGCUGAAGGUUCAAUGGAUGCCGCCAAUUUACUUAAACCUAUGCUUGCCAGAGGUGAAUUACGUUGUAUUGGUGCUACUACUUUAGAUGAAUAUCGUAAACAUGUAGAAAAAGAUGCUGCUUUUGAAAGAAGAUUUCAACAAGUUUUAGUUGGUGAACCUUCAGUAGUUGAUACGAUUAGUAUUCUUCGUGGUUUAAAGGAUCGUUAUGAAACUCAUCAUGGUGUUAAAAUUACGGAUGCUGCCCUUGUUGCUGCUGCUCAAUUAUCUGCUAGAUAUAUUACUAAUCGAUUUUUACCCGAUAAGGCUAUCGAUUUAAUGGAUGAAGCUUGUGCAAAUACUCGUGUUCAACUUGAUUCUAGACCUGAAGUUAUAGAUCAAUUAGAACGUCGUCAUCUACAAUUAGAAGUUGAAGCUGCUGCAUUAGCAAAAGAAAAAGAUGAACCUAGUCGUCAACGUCUUAAAAAAGUUAAAGAAGAGAUGGCUGAUAUUCAAGAACAAUUAAGACCAUUAAAAGCAAAAUAUGAACAUGAUAAAAGUCGACUUGAUGAAAUUAGAACUCUUAAACAAAAAUUAGAUGAAUUGAAAAAUAAAGCUGAUUAUGCUGAAAUGCGUGGUGAUAUUGAUCAGGCUGCUGAUCUUAGAUAUUACGCUAUUCCUGAAGUUGAACAACGUAUUGCCACUCUACAAUCGCAGAAAAUUAAAGAAGAUACUAAUAACCUUUUAACUGAAGUUGUUGGUCCUGAACAGAUUACAGAAGUUGUCUCCCGUUGGACUGGUAUACCUGUUUCACGAUUAUCUAAAUCUCAAGCAGAGCGUUUACUCUCUCUUGCAGAUUCCCUUCAUAAAAGAGUUGUUGGGCAAGAUGAAGCUGUACAAGCUGUAGCUAAUGCUGUAUUGAGAAGUCGUGCUGGAUUGGCUCGUGAAAAUCAACCACUUGGAAGUUUCCUAUUUCUUGGUCCAACGGGUGUUGGUAAAACCGAACUUAGUAAGGCUCUCGCACAAGAACUUUUUGAUGACGAAAAAUAUAUCAUAAGGAUAGAUAUGUCUGAAUUUAUGGAAAGUCAUUCAGUUGCUCGCCUUAUUGGUGCUCCUCCAGGAUAUGUUGGUCACGAUGAAGGUGGUCAGCUUACUGAGGCAGUACGAAGACGUCCUUAUAGCGUAAUCUUAUUUGAUGAAGUAGAAAAAGCCCACGUCCAAGUUCUAAACAUUUUAUUACAAGUAUUGGAUGACGGUCGUUUAACUGAUGGGCAAGGCAAACAUGUUGACUUUAGUAAUACUGUAAUUAUCUUGACAAGUAAUUUGGGAUACUACCAUCUUCAAGGUUUAACUACAGACACCAUAAAUGAUAGUGUUAAAGAUGCUGUCAUGAGUGAUGUUAAAAGACACUUUAGACCAGAAUUUCUAAAUCGUCUGGACGAUAUAAUCAUCUUUACACCCCUAGGACGUCAACAUAUCAGAAGAAUUGUUGAGGUUCAAUUAAAGGGACUUAAUGAUCGUUUACAAGAGCGACGAAUUACUUUGAGUCUAGAUGAUAACGCUCAAGAAUGGCUAGCUGAAAAUGGCUACGACCCUGUUUAUGGUGCUCGUCCAUUGAAUAGGCUGAUUAAACAUAAAAUUUUGAAUCCUUUAAGUAGACUCUUAAUAGAUGGCGGUGUUCGAACUGGUGAAACAGCUUAUGUGACAACUACAAGUGAUGGUAUGGAUCUCAUCGUAAGAAGAAAUCAUGAUAUAGGCAAUUAUGAUAAUGAAAAUGAAAUAGAAAUGGCUAUUGAUCAAAAUGAAGAAGAAGAUAAUCGUCUUGAAUUGGAUUAA